GGCCCAACUGUUGCCUUCUAUAAACCCUGCGCAUCAACGAUAACGAUAGGCUCUCUCUCUCUCUAAAGCAAGUUCACCAACACUAUCAUUCGCUCUCUCUCUCUCUCUCUCUCUCUCCAUGGCUUCUACUCUCAUUAUUACAAUGGCAAAGCCCUUUACUUCUCACAGCACCAACCUACCCUCGCUCUCUAACCAGAGACUGCUAGGUGGGCGUAGAGAUUCCCUGAGAGUCAGUGCGAUUGCAAAGAAAUUUGAACCCACAAAGGUUAUACCGCAAGCUGAUAGAGUUCUGAUUCGUCUGGAGGAGCUGCCUGAGAAAUCAGCUGGUGGAGUUUUGCUACCCAAAUCAGCUGUCAAAUUUGAACGGUACCUUAUGGGGGAGAUUCUUUCCAUCGGUGCUGAGGUGGAGCAAGUGGAGGCAGGGAAGAAGGUUCUUUUCUCCGACGUAAGUGCUUAUGAGGUGGAUUUGGGAACAGAUGGAAGGCACUGCUUUUGUAAAGCUGGUGAUCUGCUGGCCGUGGUUGAGUAAAGAUGUUGAUGUUGAUGUUGAUGUUCAACCUCUUUAGAGAAUUAACUAGCUGCUUUGCAGCCAUUGUUAUGUGAACCGGUGUUAAUUUGGGAGCAAUAUUGUUUGUUGAAUGUUUACUUUGUUCAGAAACAGGGCAACAAAAAUUUUUGAUUCAUAUUUGUGCUGUCUGCUAUAUGUUUUGAGCUCUCUUUCAUUUUAACUUUUCCCAAAUGUUUAAGCAUCAUAUGGUCUUGCUAUACAUUUUGACGUUCUUGACAAAUGGCUGUUGUAAAGUGCUGUGAUUAUUAUAAUUAUCAUUAUAGUUA